AUGCUUAGUGUAAGACUGGACAAGCCUUACUUCGUGCCAAACGCCAACCUGCCGAGCUUCAUGGGUCAGGGCAGCAACGUUACCGUGGCCGUCGGUCGGGACGCCUCUGUCACCUGCAAGGUCCGCAACCUGCAGAUAUACAAGGUAGCGUGGUUGCGCGUGGACACGCAGACGAUCCUAUCAAUCGGCAGCCACGUGAUCACGAAGAACCCCCGCGUGGGCGUGACGCAGGGCGAGGGCGCGUGGACGCUGACGCUGCGCGACGUUGCACUCGCGGACGGCGGCCGCUACAUGUGCCAACUCAACACACAGCCAAUGAUGAGCCAAGUUCACCGUCUGCAGGUCGUAGUGCCGCCGGACAUCGACGGCGAGGCGAGCAGUGGCGACGUGACGGCGCGGGAGGGCGCCGGCGUCGCGCUGCGCUGCCUCGCGUCCGGCAGCCCCGCGCCCGCCCUCACCUGGCGCAGAGAGGACGCCGCGCACUUCACAUUGGACGGCAAAGUUAUGGUUUCCAAAUGGACCGGUGAAUGGUUGAACAUAAGUGCGGUGCAGCGAGAGACGUCGGGAGCGUACUUAUGUAUAGCCUCCAACGGAGUCCCGCCAUCCGUCAGCAAGAGAAUACAAGUCAAUGUCAUGUUCGCGCCGCGUGUGUGGGCGCAGGUGGUGGCGGCGCGCGCGGCGGCGGGCAGCUCGCCCACGCUGCAGUGCCGCGCCCACGCUCACCCGCCGCCGCAGACAUACUGGACACUCAAUGGAGAACAGCGGCUCUCCAACGGGUCAAAAUAUACUAUGACGACUGCAGUGAAGGACUAUACGUACACGUUGUCGCUGAGGAUCGAGGCGAUGACGCGCGCAGACGCCGGCGCCUACCGCUGCCACGCAGACAACGCCCUCGACGGGGCCCACGCAGACCUCUUUCUGCACAUGGAGACCACUACCUCUACAACUACCACCACGACCACAACUACCACCCCUCCCACCAGCACCACCCCGCCGCCGACCACCGACACGAUACCAACAUCAGUGUCAGAUGCGGCGGCGGGCGUGGCGGGCGAGGGUGGCGAGGGGGGCGGGGAGGGGGAGCUGGAGCAGCUGCACCGCGGCGUGCUGGCGGCGGCGCCGCGCGGCGUGCUCGCACACCACGUGCACAACCUCGGUCAAAAUGCAGACGACGACCUGACCGGAGGCGGGUGGGCAGGGCGACGCGGCCUGGAGCGACCGCUGGCCGCCGCUGCGGGACCUGGCCGCCUCAACAGCGCCCGCCCGCCCGCGCUGCCCGCACUGCCUGCGCUGUCUGCUCUGUCUGCACAGCCUGCUCGCCGCCGCGCUGCUGGCGUGAUGCGGCGUGACGCGACGUGUCGCGGCGCCUGA